GUGAUUUGCUGUAUUACGCCAAUUUGCAAUUUCACGGGUUCACUACGUACCUGAUUAACUUUUGAUUAUCUGAUUCCAUUGCUAUUUUCACUUGUGUGCUUUCGAAUCUUUCAAAUGUUAAUGGUGAAUUAAGUAUCACCGUGUCUGGUUCACUACUUAUCCGAAGAUGUCCGCACCUCCUCCACUUCCUGAGAAAAAGAAAUUCAAGCCACCGUUGACGCUGCCUGGACGCAACACUGGCGAUACAUUGGCAGCUCCAACCAUCACUAAUGGCUUGGUGGGCGCACGGGAUGACGAUGAAGGAGUUAUGAUCACGGUGCAGCGCAGAGGCGACGCGCAGGAACCACGCAUGGACGCUGAGCAGAGAGACCGCCUGCAGACGUUCUUGGAUUUAAAGCAGCGGAUCGGCGAAGUGCAUGCGGAGGAUUUGGAGAAACUAGCGGAAUUAGGGGUCGGGAGCGGAGGGGUUGUACUGAAAGUGAAGCACCGACCAACAGGGAUGAUCAUGGCGCGCAAGCUCAUCCAUUUGGAAGUGAAACCGGCCAUUCGCAAUCAAAUUAUUAUUGAGUUGAAAAUCCUGCACGAAUGCAAUUCCCCAUUCAUUGUGGGAUUUUAUGGUUGUUUCUAUGAUAAUGGAGAAAUCAGCAUUUUAAUGGAAUACAUGGACGGUGGUUCACUGGAUCAGAUCAUUCGUCAGGGAAUUCGUAUUCCGGAGAAAAUUUUGGGAAAAAUUACGAUUUCUGUUCUGAAAGGGUUAACAUACCUCAAAGAAAAGCAUAAUAUUCUUCACCGCGAUAUUAAACCGUCCAAUAUCCUUGUCAAUUCUCGCGGUGAAGUGAAGUUGUGCGAUUUUGGUGUAAGUGGACAGCUUAUCGAUUCCAUGGCUAAUUCAUUCGUCGGCAGCCGAUCCUAUAUGGCUCCCGAGCGUCUUAAGGGAUCCGCGUAUACGAUCGCGUCCGACUUGUGGUCACUUGGUUUAUCCUUAAUGGAGCUGGCGCUGGGCCGGUAUCCUAUACCUUUACCAUCGCACAAUGAAUUUCGGACGAUUUUCCAGUCAGACGGAGUCAGCACAGAACCUAGUCAGAUAAUGUCCAUAUUUGAGUUGUUGGAUUAUAUUGUCAUUUCUCCUUCUCCUACUUUCCCCGACGGAAUCGUGUCAAAGGAAUUCAAGGACUUCAUCGAUCGCUGCCUAGAGAAAGAACCGACAGUGAGACCCACUUUGAGCGCGAUGAUGCAGCACCCGUUUAUUGAAAGAAGCGAAAAAGAGAAUACCGACUUAGCCAAAUGGGUAUGCCGCGUCAAGAAUCUGAACGGAAGCAAUGCGACGUCCUAAUUGUAAAAUCCGGAAUUCUUACUGCAUCCAAACGUUUUCUGGCGCCCUUAUAAUACACCACAUUGGUACAAUUACUGAUGUAGGUGAUUUUCCAUUCGCUAUGAAGAGUUUUUUAAUGUAGUUUUGACUUGAUUUUACUUUUUUUAAUUCGUAGUAUGAUUGCUUUGAACACAAAUUGUUCCUUGUCGUAGCCUGCUUUAGCAUUGUCUACUGUAAGUUGUUUCAAGUUCUGGACUCAACCUAGAAUUUCAUUUCCCCGUCUUGUGAAGAUUGUCCUGACAGUAUCCAGUGUGAUCCGUGAUUCAUAGGUUGUAUUAAGAGACUUUUAUCGGUGUUUUUGUUUUGAAUAUUUUUUUGUGUUAGACUAGUGUAUCUUACUUUCCGCUUUGGUCGUCGUGUAUAUAAAUAUUUGUAUAUUAAUUUUGCGACACAACGUACGAUACUUACAAA